AUGCUCUCGCUACUUCCCACCCUUACGCUCCUUUCACUGCCCUUUCUCGCAGCCUCUCAAUCCGCUUCUGACGGCUACACGGGCUACAAGCUCAACGUCCGGGAUGACGGCGACCCAGCUGCUGUACUGUACGAGACGGCCAACACGCGCACGUCGAAUGUGUCUGCACUGAACCCCGUGCCCGACGUGCUGCUCAACGCAUCGGUCCAUGUGGGCGAGAUUUUCGUCGGCGUGGACAAUCUCACGGCCAAAAUCAACCUCGAUGCCUCGGUACUCCAGUUGCUGCAGUUCAACGCAGGAGUAGAUCUUUCCGUCGACAAAGUCUCGCUCCUCAUCCAAAACGUCACUGCAAAAGUGUACCUCGAGGCUCGCCUGGGCAACGUAGUGUCGAUGAUAGGCGAUGUCCUGGAUUCCAUCGAUCUCAAUCCCGUGAUUGCUGAGCUAGGAAACGGGCUCGGUGAUAUUCUCGACGACGCGGGCGAUCUGGUUGGCGGCAUCACAGACGGCAUUACUGGUGGUGGAAGUGGAAGCGGAAGCAAUCAGACGGCACAAGCAAAGGCAAAGCGCGACAUCGACUUCCAUCAAUGGGACCUCCGCAACAAUAUCCUCUACUCGAUCAACAACUUCGAAGGCAACACGCACAAGCGGCGUGUGCUGGCACAAAACGGCGACAUUGUCGAGCAGAUGCUGGACAACACUGGCGCCAUCUCCGGCAGCACCGUCGUCGGCAACUACGCCAAAGACAUGAAGUUCAACGGGUUCAACGAGACGGUCACAUUCAAAGGCGAAGAGGUCUUUGAAGAAGAGUAUGUCUACGAGCCGUUUCUGGGCCUGUACUCGGUCUCGGGCGUCUUCAAGAGCAAGACUACCGGCCAAGUCGUCGGCACCCAGUUGCUGGCGGAAGCGCGGGGCGGCGGGAGUGCCAUUAUCGGUAAUGAACAGGCGUAA